GUUACUGUAGUUGCAAGGAGGCUCCUCAUUUCAGCUCCAGAGGUCUCUCAUCCCGUGCUGCUGCCGCUGCGGCGUUUUCAGCAUGCGACAACUUCAGUUUCAGACGAUCUCCAAAGGAGCCGUGCAGCCAUGGGAGUGCAUUACCUCAGCCAUGCAAUUUCCACCAUCAAUAAUUUAAUCUAUUUGCUCCAAAGCUGAAGAGAUAUCCUGAAGCUUGUCGGGAGAGCACAGAGAGGGGGAAAAAAUAUCGCUUAAGUAGCCUAAAUUACUCAGGGAGUUGUCCAAAACAUCCCAGAUGACACUACUGUCCUGUUGAAUGGUCUGUUUUACGACUGGGCAGUAAAAGUUCCACCAGGUUAGAAGAGUGAUGACCAUCCUGUUCCUUACUAUGGUUAUUUCAUACUUCAGUUGCAUGAGAGCUGCGCCCCUGAGAGACGCCCCGGGCAUGCGGGGCCAUCGGACGGAAGGCUACUUGGGCGCCGCUGCGACGGCCGCACGAGGCCACGGGACUCCACAGAGCGGUGGUGGGCCAGGCCAGCGCGGGGAGCUGCCCUCGCUCACAGACACAUUUGAGCAGGUGAUAGAGGAGCUGCUGGAGGUGGAGGGAGAGGCGGCACAGCUGGGACAGGGGGCUGAUAAGAGCCAGGGAGGUGGGGGCCCAUCCUCUGUGGUCUCCACAGAGACCAAGGAUGUCGACCUGUACGACUCGCGGGUGAUGAUCAGCAACCAAGUGCCUUUGGAGCCGCCGUUGCUCUUUCUUCUGGAGGAAUACAAAAACUAUCUGGAUGCCGCUAAUAUGUCCAUGAGGGUGCGGCGACACUCCGACCCCUCACGGCGUGGAGAGCUCAGUGUGUGUGACAGUAUUAGCCAGUGGGUGACAGCUGUGGAUAAAAAGACGGCAAUAGACAUGUCUGGGCAGACAGUUACCGUCAUGGAAAAGGUCCCUGUCCCCAACGGCCAACUGAAGCAAUACUUUUAUGAGACCAAAUGCAACCCCAUGGGGUACACAAAGGAGGGCUGCAGAGGAAUAGACAAGCGGCAUUAUAAUUCCCAAUGCAGGACAACCCAGUCCUACGUGCGAGCGCUCACCAUGGAUAGCAAAAAGAAGAUUGGCUGGCGGUUUAUAAGGAUAGACACUUCAUGUGUAUGCACAUUGACCAUUAAAAGAGGGAGAUAGUGUAUAAAAUGUAUAGAUUUUAUUGAAGAGUUUAAAAAAGAGAAUAAAGAGAAAAUAUCUAUUUGUAUAUAUACAUAACAGGGUAAAUUAUUCCGUCAAAUGAAAAUUUUAUGGACUGCAUGUAAAAAAAGAAGUUUAUACAGUAAAAGUGAUACUACAGUCUAUUUAUUGAACAUAUUCAUGACCUUGUAAACAAUUAAAAAAAAUCUGAUCAGUCAUUUGCGCCCAGUUUAAAUUACUAUAUCACAUUCCUCCAGACAUUGUGAUUUGUUUACGUUGCCAAGAACUACAAAAUGAAGGAAAAAAAAUAAAAAAAAAAACAGGCAAGGAAUGAGAGAGGACAGUUUCAUCUUCAAAAGCUUGCAUGCUGCUUCAAUUGUGAAUUGAGAAAUUCUCCACUUACAAAAAAGGAUAUGAUGCUGACCAAAAAACAUUCCGUUUACAUAUUCAGCAGAAAACAAUUUUCCUCUCAAUUUAUCUGUUUACUGUUCUAAACUUCUCAAGGUAAUGUUGGAAUUACAUUCUAUGUCAAGGUGCUGUUGUCAAAGCUUUGCUGUUUAUUUUUUUAUCCCCACCAGAGGACAAGAUAUAUAUAUAUAAAAAAAUGAUAUAUAUAUACAUAUAUAUAUAUAUAUAUAAAAUUUAUUCAUUGACAUGUUUCUGGGUUAAUAUUAUUCAUUUUGUAUGUUGUGAAGUUGUUUGCAAUAUUAAACUGAAAUAUUUGAAGAAAUAAAAAUGACUAUAGGCAACUGAAAAACAAAAUCAAUGUCGAUAAAGUUUCAACAGUGCACUUCCAGGUAGGAUAAAUAACUUUACUAUACAGACAGGGAGGACAACAGACACACACAUGCACACACAAACACACACACACACACACAC